UUCACACAGAUACACACGAACACAUGGAAUCAGAGCUACUAAACUGUGAAAGCAAACCGCAUGUGCUGUUCAUACCAUGUCCAGCACAAAGUCACAUCAAGUGUAUGCUGAAACUCGCAAGGUUACUGCACCACAAGGGCUUACAAAUAACCUUUGUAAACACUGAGGUUAACCACCAGCAGUUACUCAAUUCCGGAGGGCCAAACUCUCUCGAUGAUGAACCAGGGUUCCAUUUCGAGACCAUUCCAGAUGGUAUCCCCGAUGGUUCACGAGGGAACAUUUAUGAACUCCCUAAAUCUAUUCUAACUAACUUCUUGGGUUACUUUCUUGAUCUCGUGGCUAGACUAGAGAUUCCAUUUACUUGUAUUAUUAGUGAUGGUAUGAUGCCUUUCACUGUUGAUGCUGCUGAGACGCUUAAAUUACCUAUCAUUCAUUUUUGGACCUUCGCUGCUAGUGCUUUCAUGGGAUAUUGCCAAGCUCCAAAUCUGAUUGAAAAAAACAUUAUCCCACUUAAAGAUGAAAGUUGCCUCACCAAUGGGUAUCUCGACACCAUCAUAGAUUGGAUUCCAGGUUUGGAAGCAUUCCGUUUAAAGGAUCUUCCAGGUUAUGUUCGAACUAUAGACCCAAAUGAAGUAGACUAUAAGUUUAACAUUGAGAGUAUUAAAGCAACAAGGAAGGUCUCAACUAUAAUUAUCCACACAUUUGAAGAGUUAGAGUCCACCGUCAUCAAAGCUCUCAAACCCAUGUUUCCUCACAUCUACACAAUCGGACCAUUGCAGUUGCUUCUAAACCACAUACAAAAUCAACAAGAAUCAAAGAGUUAUAGUCUGUGGAAGGAAGAUGCUGAGUGCCUUAACUGGCUGCAAUCAAAGGAACCAAAUUCUGUGGUUUAUGUUAAUUUCGGUAGCCUAAUAGUGAUGUCUUCACAAAAAUUGCUAGAAUUUGGCUGGGGACUUGCUAAUAGCAACUAUUAUUUUCUCUGGAUCAUCAGACCAAAUUUGGUUGUUGGAGAGUCCCUUGUCUUUCCUCCAGAACUCAAAGAGAUGAUUGAUAAGAAAGGCUUUAUCGCAAGUUGGUGUCCCCAGGAAGAAGUGUUGAACCACCCUUCGGUUGGGGGGUUCUUGACUCAUUGUGGAUGGGGUUCCACCAUUGAGAGCUUAUCAGCUGGGGUCCCGAUGCUUUGUUGGCCUUACAUAUGGGACCAACCAACUAAUUGUAGGCAAAUUUGCAAGGAAUGGAAAGUUGGUAUGGAAAUCGGAGAUAAUGUAAAAAGGGAUGAAGUCGAAAAGCUCAUACAGGAGUUGAUGGGGGGAGACAAGGGUAAGCAAAUGAGGAGCAAGGCUAUAGAGUGGAAGAAAAAGAUUGAAAUUGCAACGGCUCCUAAUGGCUCAUCUUCCUUGAAUGUUGAGAAACUUGUCAAUCACAUUCAUAUGUUGAAACUAGCUUAGUAUUUCACAUGUUCUUUUUCGUUUCAUGAAAGGUGCUAAAGGUCCAUCUUU